UGAAGUGUGCUGAUACAGAAAGGAGUUUAGCUUACUCUAUUAAGCGCCCAUCUGCGUGUGGAGACGUACACGUACCUACUGCAACCGCUACCUUUACUGAGUUUAUUCCACAGCCUCUCCAACUCCAGAGUCAUGGCCAAUGGAUUUGCGCAGGUGCUCGGCUGCCUGUUGGCGGCUGCUGGACUCGGCUGCCUGAUUGCCGCAACUUGCAUGAACGAAUGGACCUGGAAGACUGUUGGUGAGGCCAAGUUCCAGAGGACCACCGCCGGGCUGUGGAUGAGCUGUGACUGGUCAAGCCCCUACGUCGUCACCUGCAACAUCUUCGAUUCAAUCAUCCAUCAAGACACACAAAUCCAGGUGACCCGCGGUGUGAUGCUGCUGAGCAUCGCUCUGUCGUCGAUCGGCCUGCUGGCGGCCAUCUUGGGAAUGGAGGCCACGCUGUGCCUGAGUGGGGCGGGGAAGAGCAAGGUGGCCUUUGCUGGCGGACUACUGCUCAGCAUCUCAGGGCUGUGUGCUUUGGUUGUUGUGUCUUGGUAUGGCCACAGCGUCAUCACGACAUUCUACAGCACAGAGCAGGACAGGUCGUCCCCGGGGAAGUGCCUGUUUUGGGGCUGGGGAGGAGCCCUGCUGACCCUCAUCGGAGGGCUCUUCCUGGCAUCCUGCAGCCUCUCCAAGUCCAACUCCACCUCCAUCAGGAAACCCUCCUCAUCGUCCUCCCAUGGCCAGACAGCACUACAGCCCUGCAAGGACUUUGUGUAGAGCCCCAAUGCAGAGGUGUAUGGGGGCGUAGCAGCAACAUAUAGCCUAGUAGCUGGAUUGGUGGGGGGCACAGCAACCUGUGGCCUAGGGGCCCCAGGCCAUUUUGAUCCGGCCCUGUGUGUGUGUGUGUGUGUGUGUGUGUGUGUGUGUGUGUGUGUGUGUGUGUGUGUGUGUGUGUGUGUGUGUGUGUGUGUGUGUGUGUGUGUGUGUGUGUGUGUGUGUGUGUGUGUGUGUGUGUGUGUGUGUGUGUGUGUGUGUGUGUUCUUAUCAGCUCUUGAACUGUGUGCAGGUUUCCAUUACAUGUGUGUUGUGUGUCAGUGUGAGUCACUUACACAAGUCAAGACUACAGAUCUACAGCAACUUAGUGUAUUCAACAUUACACUGACACUUGGAACUGGUGUCUGCUUGUCUGCUUUUCUACUGAAAUGUUUCUAAAAUAGUAAUUGUGGAUAGUUGUGUAAUGUUUGUAUUCUUAUUUUUAGCAUUAAAUUACAAUUACAGGUGAGAUGUAGGCUGUAUUCUUUGCUUAUUGAGUGUAUUUUUUAUAACUGUAUGUUGGCCACAUGUGAACAUUAUGUUAACUGUGGAUCAUUGAAUAAGGAAACAAUGAAGGAGUACAGUAAGAAGUCAUUAGGGACUAGUGUAUUCCAAAACAUGUUAUUUAUUGU